AAUAGGUUUUUAAAUGUUAGGCAACAGCCUGUAUUACAACGAAAUAUAGAAAGUGUUAAGUUAGAAUAUAACAAAUAAAAAGUAAAAAAGCAAAAAAUGUAUACAGGACAACAGGUUCUUAAAAGUUACAUAAAAAAUUUUCCACUUUAUAGAACCUAUGCGUAUAAGACUAUCAAACGACCAGAUAUAAAUAAAACGCCAAAGAAAACCGCUUCACCAAAAAAGGAGACAUUGGAAAAAGCAACUUCGUUAACUGGCCAAUUACAAGCAAAGAUAUUAGCAACAGGUCCAAUAACAGUUGCUGAUUAUAUGAAAGAAGUUUUAACAAAUCCAACCGGUGGGUAUUAUAUGCAAAGAGAUGUUUUUGGUGUACAAGGUGAUUUCAUCACUUCCCCUGAAAUUUUACAAAUAUUUGGAGAAUUAAUAACAAUUUGGUGCAUUAAUGAAUGGCAAAAAAUUGGAACGCCAUCACCCUUACAAAUAAUAGAACUAGGUCCUGGUAGAGGAACUUUAGCCCGUGAUGUUAUCAAAGUUUUGGGUCAUUUCAAAUUAAAGGCAGAAGUUUCUCUUCAUUUGAUUGAGCUAAGUCCAUUUUUGAGUAACGUCCAGGCCCAGUCGAUAUGUUAUCAACACGAAGAAGUGGAUCAAACUAAAACUAAUGAUUUGUUUUAUAGGAAAGGGGAAACUGCUACGGGAAUUAAAGUAUUUUGGUACAAAAAAUUGGAAGAUGUGCCCAAAAAAUUUUCUAUAGUUCUAGCAAAUGAAUUCUUCGAUGCCUUACCAAUUCAUAAAUUUCAAAAAGAUGUUAAUGUAUGGAAAGAAAUAUUAAUUGACCUAGAUAACUCCAACCAAAAUAAACUACGUUUUGUAAUAUCCAAAUCACAAACGCCUCAUUCAAAAUUUUAUCAACAUAUAAAAAAUGAUGAACGCGAUUGUGUAGAAUAUUCAUUUGAAGGUGCAAAAAUAAUUGAACUUUUAGCAACACGUUUAGAAAGUUAUGGUGGAAUAGCCUUAAUAAUAGAUUACGGCCAUUUUGGCGAAAAAACUGAUACUUUUAGAGCUUUUAAGAAUCACAAGUUACAUAAUCCUUUAGAUGAUCCCGGAACGGCUGAUUUAACUGCUGAUGUCGAUUUCACUCACAUUAAACAUCACGCGGAGAAAGACGGCAAAUUAAUUACCUUCGGUCCAGUAGAUCAAGGAAUAUUCAUAAAGAGAAUGGAAGGUGAUACGCGAUUAAAUAUUUUAUUAGAACGCUGUUCACCAGAACAGAAGCAAGAAAUAAUAACUGGUUACGACAUGUUAACAAAUCCGGAAAAAAUGGGUAGCCGUUUUAAGGUGUUUGCGAUGUUUCCCGCUAUUUUAAAAGAUUAUUUAGAAAAAUUUAAAGUUUCUGGAUUUCAUUAAAAGUAAUGAGUCUGCUAUUUGUGUAUCAUCAUCAUUUGCACGAAAAUGGUUGUCGACUAAUUGCAUUGCCAAAGGCUUUGAGACAGAAUUAAGUGCAUCGGGUUCUUCUGCCAAAGAAUCUAUAGUUAUCUGAAAUUAGAAAGGGAUUUGCAA